GGGGCUACGACUAGAGCUAGGAGUGUAUGGUGCCUUAGCGGUAGUCUCCCAGUGUGUCACUGUCGUGUGCGGAUGGCGGACAAGGCAGCCGGCGGGGACGAGCCCCGGCGCGGAAACAGCGGAGGGGCGGAAGGUGGCGGUGAGCCUUACGAAGCUUCCAGGAACAAUGGACGCGGGGAGGCCAGUGGUACAGGAGUAUCCACUGACCAAAUCAUGCAGACAGGAGAUUUGCUGCUACGGGGGUUUAUUGUGGAUCGCAUGCAGGGAAACUCGGAUGUAGCCACUGCAGAAAUGCCAGAGUACUGUAGGCAACUACAGGUGCCGAUGAACCCAUCUACUAAAAAACUGAGUGACUGCUUGCGAAGAAUAGGAGACGAGCUGGAUGGGAACAUGGAGCUGCAGAGGAUGAUCGACCAAGUGAAAAGCAACCCUCCCAAAGAGGUCUUCUUCCGUGUGGCAACUGAAAUGUUUGCUGACGGCAACUUUAACUGGGGUCGUGUUGUAGCUUUGUUUUAUUUUGCCUCCAAGUUAGUACUGAAAGCUUUGUGUACACAUGUGCCAGAGAUGAUCCGCACAAUCAUCAAUUGGACCAUGGACUACCUCAGGGAGCAUGUUGUCCAGUGGAUCCGUGAUCAAGGAGGCUGGGAGGGGCUUCUGUCUUACUUUGGCACACCAACCUGGCAAACUAUUGGAGUCUUCUUAGCUGGCGUGCUCACUGCCACUGUGGCCAUCUGGAGAUACUCUUGAGACUUCCAUUGCAUUUAUGAGCGCAGCUUCCUGUAGCUGCAUCUUCUUUCAGAAGCACAUCUGUAUUCCAAUUCACUCCAGCACUGACAACAAGGCUACAGAACAAGUGCUUCCACUGGGAAAUCCUCAUCAUCACCCCAGCGUUAUAUGGCUAACCACUUUGGCCAGUCUUUGGGGAUCACUUGUUUUAGUUUUCUUAACUACUUUUUUAUUAUAAGUCGUGCCUUUUUAAUAUAUACAUUACGAUGGAUUUUAAGAGGCUUUUUUGAUUUAAUACUUGAAUAAGU